GCGCACCUGCCCAAUACGAGCGGAGCAGUCGGCACGGGCGCACAUACGCACAGACCCACCACCACGACGCUGACCGCCACCACGUCAUUGCGCGGAUCGAUAGUCCGGCAUCUUGGCUGGACACCACCAUUCUUUCACACCGGAGGUCAAGCUAUGUAGUACAAUAUGCAUAUCACCUCAGGACUAUCGCCGGCUUCAGGAGAGAUGCUCGACACAUCCACUUUAAAUUUCUAUGGUGAUUCCGGAGACUGUGGCACCUCUUUUCAGAUAGACCACGCGGUUCCAGAAUCUUCGCAUACGGUAGAAAUAGAAUACGUGUACGAACAACCAGAUGUUGCACUUAAAGAAGACACAGUGAAAAUACAAAAUUUUAAAACAAAAGACGAUAGUUUCACCAAAAAGAUCAAAAGCAAGCACAAGCCUCAGCCGAUAGAUGAUACAGAGACGGACUUAACAAAUUUAACAUGGCUUCAAAAUAUAACGAAUAUAAUGGCGGUGCCACAGUUUCCGAUCCCACCUAUGUCACCGAAUCCCCAAGUGAAGACGCAGCCGCAAAACACGAGGCUACAGAAGUUCAACCAAACUAUUGCUAAAUGUCAAAGAGAUUUUACUGAAAACAAGGAACAAUAUCAGAACGACAGCGAGAAGAAGCCACCGUAUUCGUACAGUACGUUGAUUUGUAUGGCCAUGAGAUAUAACAACGAUAAGAUGACGCUCUCAGCGAUCUACUCGUGGAUCCGCGAAAACUUCAAAUAUUACAGGAACGCCGAUCCCACUUGGCAGAAUUCAAUACGACACAACUUGUCUCUAAACAAAGUGUUUGUAAAAGUAGCAAGGUCGAAGCACGAACCCGGCAAAGGUGGCUUCUGGAAACUGGAUUUAGCGCAUUUGGAAGGGACCAAGCGCAUAUCGAACAGACCACAUAAGAAGAAAAAGCAUUCUGACACAAACGAACCUAAAGUAUCUGAAGAAAGUGUUGCAGUGUCCAAUAUCCCUCAAGUUGAAUUUGUUGAAGAAAUGGCCACAGAUAAUGCAGUUACACUACAUCUUCCCGAGUUUACACUAAAUGGCAUACAACCUAUAUCUGAUAUAGAUUUGGAAACAAAUAUAGGAGCUAACGUGAUUGUGGAACCAGUGGCGCCUCCUCCACUUAUUCAAGAAGAUGACUUAUCCUCUUUACUUCUAAACCCUACAGAUUGGGAUGACCUGCAACUGGACAUGCUUGAUAACUACUUGGAUUCGUGUUUCAAGUAAGACUUUUAUUGCUUUGAGUUGAACUCAAGUGUUGUGUUUUAUUGCGUUGGUUAAUUGGAUUUUGAAUUUGUAUGCAAACUGUUAUUACGUUUAAUAGAUUUCAAUUUUCGAAAGUAGAAAAUUAUGUAAUGCGUUUACGACACAA